UCUUUAGUUCUAUUGCCCACACCAUUUUAUGUGCUAUAAUUAAGUCAAUUUCAAAGAAUUCAAGUUUUUUUGUUUUGCUCUCCUGAUUCUAGUGGCUUGUCUGAGCACAGCUGAAUGGGUGGAUCCAGAUGACGCCGAAGGCAUUAAGUGAACGGACUGAACUGAAGCACGUGACUCAGCCGGUCAACAGUGUUUGUGCUGUUCUUCAAGUAGGUCGUCAACAGUGUAAAAAUGUUCAACAGGACAGCACGACUUGACACUUUAAACCGGUUUGCCUGAAGAAGAUAAACAACUGGUUUCAACAUUACAUAUUAGCAUAUAUUACGUUAUAGGUACUAAAUGGCGCGCGUAAUUAAAGAUGAAAGGUCGCCCGAUGGUCUUGUGAAACACACCGGGGGUUGUCACUGCGGCGCGGUGCGUUUUGAGGUGUGGAGCGCCCCAGAUUUACACGUGUUCAAUUGCAAUUGCAGCAUUUGCACAAAGAAACAGAAUCUUCACUUCAUUGUGCCAAAAUCCCAGUUCACCUUGCUGCAGGGAUCAGACAACAUAAUCACAUACACAUUUAACACACACAUGGCCAAACACACAUUCUGCAAAACGUGCGGCGUCCAGAGUUUCUACACUCCACGCUCCAACCCAGAUGGGUUUGGUGUGGCACCUCAUUGUUUGGACCCUGGAACAGUUAACAGUGUGACUGUUGAGGAUUUCUGUGGACAGAACUGGGAGGAAAGUAUGCAGGAGCAUAAGACUAUAAAAAACAUGUCAAAACCAACAACACAGAACACAUAACUCUCUGUAUCCAGUGGUCAUUUGAUGCGUUAGACCACAAAUCCAGUUCCUGGAGGGCCGCAGCUCUGCACUGUUUAGUUCCAACCCUGCAUCAACACACUGACCUGUAGGUUUUAAACAAGGGUUAAAGCUAAACUCUGCAGAGCUGCGGCCCUCUAGUAACUGAGUUUGCCACCUGUGUGUUAGAUUUUCAGCUAGAGGACAUAACAUGUAUUGUCCUGCUUAACACAUGUUAAUUGAUGCACUAUUAACCCCAAAUCACAGUUUGGGUUCGGGUAUUGGUUUAAGCUCCUAAUGUAUAUGUUAGUGCACUCCUAAAAGCUGCCAUAAAUCACUUUUCUAGAUAUUUGCAUGACAUUUAUUUUCUAAAAAAAACUACUAAAUGGACUAAAUGACUCCUUGAUGAAUCGGCACAUUCCGAUCUGAUUAAAUAACAUACUGUAUUGAUUAAACACAUCAGCUUCCUAUAAAUAUAGGAAUGGCAUGAUUUUAUGAUAAUAACAGGAUGGUCUUAUUGAUGUGUACUUACCUGUAACUCGCUAUUUCAUUUAGACAUGUUUUAACAGAGAGCAUGUAAAUAGUAAAACUGAAUUGAACCACACUCAAAGAUUCAUGUGGGAGAACUUUAUUAAGAUGAGGAAAGAUAUCAGCCCCAUUUAUGUAUUAUCUUUCAAUACAGAGUGGUAUGUAUGUAAAAGGACAACCAAUAAAACUAACCUUUAAGAAAUAACUGCAAUCAUCUAACAGUUUGAUGGACUCAUGUCUCAGUCAAAAAAAAACAAUAGAGAACAAACUUAUAGAUUUACAGACUCAUUCAGAAAGACCAUUCUAAAAAGGAGAUUUGGCACAGUACUUAAGGUUUGGAACAGUGCUUUAACUCUACAUUAAGUUGAACAACAACAGUAAUAUGUAAACAACAAAUCAAAUGUAAACAACAAAAUAUACAAAAUAAAAUUCAGUUCUUAUCGCCCUGCAUUCCUUAAAGGCACAGUUUGUGUUUUGAAUUUAACUUCAGUUAAAGUGCUCAGAAAGACUAAGCCACUCUAGAAAACUGGCUUUCAGAAUAUUUGAUAAAAUGUGUGAGGUUCUAUGUGCCAACAAUUUUAAAUAACAUCAGUAGGCCGAACAUUAUUUUUCAUGCUGCCAUUACACAGUACAGAAUAACAGUGUAUAUAGAUAGAAUCAGAUUUGUAAAGUAAAUGUCAGUGCAUACUCCUGCAUGUACAGGAACAGUAUUUAAGAUAGUCAAAGCUAAUAAAUCUUCACAUUCUUGG